AUGGCUGAAAUGUCAAAACGAUCUGGCGAGGUAGCACUUGGUAAAGUGACCGUGAAUGCCACCGCAGGAUCGCAAUCUCUGGAACAAACGCUUCGCGCAUCUAUAGGGGCAAGGGUGCAGGUUCAUACAACCAACCCGCAUUCUUCUGUGCUCGAAGGCAUCCUCUACACGGCGUGUCCUCAGACAUCCCUCCUUGCUGUCGCCACCGGUCCAGCUUCUUCUCCGGCGUACCACAUCGUACCGAUAUCUUCAGUCAACUCCUUCAUCAUCGUCGCUGUUUCUGCUGGAUCUCAACAUCUGCUGAGUCCUGGCAGUGUGAACACUGCUGCUUUUACCAACCGUGCAAACGUAGCAUUGGGACGUGCGAAGGAAAGAGCGGCAAAGAUCAAUAAGAGCGUUGAGAAGGUAGUCCAGGAUCUUUUUGACGCUCUAGAUAAGCAAUUUUCUGCUCGAUGGAGAGGUAAAGACAUUAUUGUCAUGGAGAGGGUUGUGGUCAAGGCUCCUGGCUACAAGAGUGAGGAUUGCAAGGUCAUCACCAAGGAUGGGGAAGGGCUUUUGGAUAGAGUUCGAAAAGUGGUAGGUUGA